GCGUUCUCUCUCCGUUAGAGGGGCGGUGUGAUCCCUGCGGUGGGCGGUGACAUUCCUCAGAGCCGCAGUGCGCUGUGUUCCUCCGCACAUUCCUCCGGCCGGGGAAGGCGGGAAGUAGUGCGGGGGCCCCCGGCCGCCUGUGUCGGUGUAGUCCGCUGUCCAUGGAUCGCUUCUCGGAAGAGCUGAGCCUGCAGGCCGGCCGGCUGAUGGAAGGUCUGUGCCUAGAGGAGUCGAGCUGCCAGUCUGAGGUGGCUUUGCCGUGUUAUGUGGGUGAGAGAGGGAAGAGAUACUCUGCGGAGCUGUAUAGGGCCGGUUGUUAUGAGGGUGGCCCCCCAGGCCGGGGCCCCUUGUACCCCUCCUCCUCCAGCAGCCCACGCUCCAGCGUCAGCGCCCUGAGCCCGCGCUCCAGCCUGGUGGUCCCGGGCGGUCAGUACGAAGGUUCGGUUCUGAGCCCGCGCUCCAGUUACGCCAGCACGGCCAGCGACACCAGCAAGCACUCGAGUCCCCGCGCCAGUCUGACCGGCUACGACGGCGGCGGCUCCAAACCCAGCAGCAACCGCACCAGCGGCAUCAGCAUGGGCUACGACCAGCGGCACGCCAGCCCGCGUUCCAGCACCGCCAGCCAGUACUCCUGCACCACCAGCCCGCGUUCCAGCUACUCGGACCCGCGCUACGCGGCGUCGGCGAUGAUGGCCAACCACGAGGCGGACGGGGUCCUGGUGAGCCCGCGUUCCAGCGUCUGCCUCCUGCAGGACGGCCGGGCCGCCACGCUGGGCUCCUGCAACCCGUCGGUGGCCAGCCCGCGCUCCAGCAUCUCCAGCCACAGCUCCCGGAGUUCCCGCAGCUCCCGGGGGUCCCUGGGGGCGUACGGCGACCUGCCAGUGCCCUCCCCCCGCUCCUCCAUGCUGGGCCCCAGCGUACAGGAAGAGGAUCCCGGAGGAGAGCCGUGCCACUACAGAGUCCUCGCCCAGUCCCCGCCGCGGCACGACGAGCUCAGCAACUCCUCGGGGGUCACCUACAACUUCAGCGCCGCCAAGGGCUCCGCCACCCUCCACCGCUUCAAGGUGCCGUACCAGGUGACGCCGUCCAAGGAGAGCGGGCCGAGCCAGGCCGAGAAGAGGCUGGAGGCGCUCACCCUGGAGCUGGAGAAGGAGCUGGAGAUGCACAUGAAGAAGGAGUAUUUCGGGAUCUGUAUAAAGUGCGGGAAGGGUGUGUACGGAGCCAGCCAGGCCUGCCAAGCCAUGGGGAACCUCUUCCAUACCAACUGCUUCACCUGCUGCUCUUGUGGGAGAAGAUUACGGGGGAAGGCCUUCUACAACGUCAACGGAAAAGUCUACUGCGAGGAAGAUUUCCUGUAUUCCGGCUUCCAGCAGACGGCAGACAAAUGUUUUGUGUGCGGCCAUCUUAUCAUGGAAAUGAUCUUGCAGGCCCUGGGGAAGUCGUAUCAUCCUGGCUGUUUCCGCUGCGUGGUGUGUAACGAGUGCCUGGACGGCGUCCCCUUCACUGUAGACGUGGAGAACAACAUCUACUGCGUCAAAGAUUAUCACACAGUUUUUGCACCUAAAUGUGCCUCAUGCAUCCAGCCGAUUCUGCCGGCACAGGGUUCAGAGGAGACCAUCCGGGUGGUGUCCAUGGACAAAGAUUACCACGUGGAGUGUUAUCACUGUGAGGACUGUCACCUGCAGCUGAACGACGAGGAAGGUCACCGCUGCUACCCCCUAGACGGGCACCUCCUGUGCCACGGUUGUCACAUCCACCGUAUAAACGUCACCAUGCCACCACCUCCUCACCCCUCCAGCUAUCCCAUGCAUGUCACGGAACUCUGAACCGCUGGAGAGGCAGGAGGAGGAAGACAGACUGCUCGCCUAUCUACCCGUACUGUGUGUACACAAUCCGGGGGGAGGGGGGCUGCCAAGGGGCACCGCUGACCCUCUCAGGGUGAUGCCAACACUGGACCCCCUUAAUGAAAGUGCCAUUAACUUGCGGCUUGACCACCGCAGCCCGUACCUAGAGCUAAAUCGCGUCACCACCAUUAUUUAUUACUUUUUCAGUUAGUGCCGCGCCGCGGGGGGAGGCCCGGGAUCUGCGUAGUGUAGAACGUAGCGGCAGUAUUAGCACUUAAUCCACAUUAACUCUUUUAUGUUACAUAUCGGAUGGUAACAGGCACCCGAGAUCACAUCCUUCACCCAUACAUGAACUGCGUCAGUGGUGGAGGGGGCGUGGCCAGGCAGACACAUCAAUAGGAGCCUGAGAUCACAUCGUUUGCCCAUACAUGAACUGCGUUGGUGGUGGAGGGAGCGUGGCCAGACACACAUCAACAGGAGCCUUGGAUCACACCGUUUGCCCAUACAUGAACUGCGUCAGUGGUGGAGGGGGCGUGGCCAGGCAGACACAUCAACAGGAGCCUUGGAUCACAUCCUCCGCCCAUACAUGAACUGUGUCGGUGGUGGGGGGGGUGGCCAGGCAGACAUCAACAGGAGCCUGAGAUCACAUCCUCCGCCCAUACAUGAACUGCAUCAGUGUGCUGGAGUGGAGGGGGGCGUGGCAAGGCGGACACAUCAACAGGAGCCUGAGAUCACACCCUCCAGCAAAACAUUAACUGUGGCGGGAUGCUGAAGUGGAGGGGGCGGGGCCAGACAGACGGCAACAGGAGCGCAAGGUCACACCCUCUGUUCGUACAUGAACUGCGUCAGUGUUGUGUAGGGGGCGAGGCCAGAUGGACAUGGCCACAGGAUAAGAUUGCAUCCUUUUGUAAAUACAUGAACUGUGUCGUGUGCUGUAGGGGAGGGUGCAGGGUCAUGCGCAGUUUGUGAGGGUGUCAGGCACUGCAUACAGGCAGACCUGUAAUUCGAAAUUGAGUUGUAUUUUUUUUGUGAUGUCAUUUUAUUGCUUCUGCAAAUAGUUAGGAACAUUGAUAAUUAUCAAUCUCCCCAUCAGAGAAAACAAUUGGACGCCAAAUCAUCAUAAUGGUGAUUUAUGAGCAAAUGUUCUACAUGCCAAACGCGCUUCGCAGACUAAGCAUGCCGCAGUAUGACGGCACAAUCGCCAUUAGAUCUAUCAAUUUAGUGCAAACAGGGUCACCAUUAGAAAUGAUGGGGCCCCAUACCUGGCAGGGACCCCCCACCCACAACAUUUCCAUUGGACAAGCGCUCCCCUCCAGCUCCUCCCACUUGUCCGUCACAUUGACUCUGUGGUGCUGUGCCUGGCCACCCAACCUAAAGAAAGGUUCCAAAGGGGGUCCCUGAACCAAGCUGUAGGUGCAGGACUAGAGUCACCUGUAGUCGGCCCCUUUCUGGGUCCCCUGCUGACUUAUUGGGACCCAGCAUAGCCCCCCACCCUAUCCCUCCUCAGCCCAUCGGUGACCCUGCAUGCAAGGCCUGAUUGGGUACACAUCAGACGGUUUAGGUCUCUAUACAAGGUCCUGAUUGAGCCCUCGUUCACAUUGAAUGGGGCUUUGAAAUCAUUUGACUUCAUCUGAAAUCGCACGAUUCCAAAGCCGCAUGUCAGUGCGACUUGGAAGACAGAUGUCUAUGCCAGUUGCCAAGCGGAAUCCCCAAACGUAAUGCAGGAACGACUUUUUCAAAUCGAUGCGGCACCACAAAGUUGGCGUCAUGAUUUGAACAUGGCCAUUGCCGUCAAUAGGGUGCGACUUGUCAUGCAAUUUGACUUGUCAAGCCUGUGCUGUGAACGGGGGCUAAAUCAGUUAAAAAAAAAAUUGAAAUCGGAGACCCGCCAUUUAACGCAGAACCGAACUCUCAUCCAAUUCCGUUUUAUUGAUCAAUUUUAAUUGCUUAAAAAUAUAUCUGUAUGCUGGAAAACCAA